UCGAAAAACCAAAACCCCUAGUUUCUUUCCGGCUGUCUUUUUGGUGAGCGGCUGCACGUGAAAUUUGUAUUAAACCAACAAACCUCUCCAGUAAUUAAUUUCUCAAACAGCCACAAUGCCAUCCGACGCCAAAAAACGCGAACAGCAGCGCAAGAAAGGGGCCGCAAAAGCACGUCAAUCCGGUAAGAAGAUCCCAAGUAAAAAUGACGACCCGAACUCGUCCCAGAACGGGGACUCGACUUCCCAAAAUGGUUCAAACGAGCUGAGUAUGGAGGAGGCGCUGUGCGCGAAGUUAGAAGCCGAUGCUAGGCUCAAUGCUGAGGCGAGGGCUUGCACUGGAUCGUUAGCCGUCCAUCCUAAAUCUAGGGAUAUCAAAAUCGCGAACUUUUCUAUCACUUUCCAUGGAUCUGAGAUGUUGCAGGAUGCUAUGUUGGAAUUAAAUUGUGGGAGACGGUACGGGUUGUUGGGGCUCAACGGAAGUGGCAAGUCCACAAUAUUGGCAGUAUUGGGGAAUAGGGAAGUUCCGAUUCCUGAACAUAUUGAUAUUUUCCACUUGACUAGAGAAAUGCCUGCAUCGGAUAAAACAGCUUUACAAUGUGUUAUGGAAGUUGAUGAAGAGAGAGUGAGAUUAGAGAAAUUAGCUGAGGAAUUAGUUGCGUGUGACGAUGAUGAAUCCCAGGAACAAUUGAUGGACAUAUAUGAACGUCUGGAUGAUAUUUCUGCUGAUACUGCUGAAGCUCGUGCAGCCAAUAUACUUCACGGUCUUGGUUUUACUAAUGAAAUGCAGAAUAAGAAAACCAAGGAUUUCAGUGGUGGUUGGAGAAUGAGAAUAGCGUUGGCACGUGCUCUCUAUGUAAAACCUCAUUUAUUACUUCUGGAUGAGCCCACUAAUCAUCUUGAUCUUGAUGCUUGUGUAUGGCUGGAAGAAGAGCUCAAACAUUAUAAACGGAUUUUGGUUUUGAUCUCUCACUCUCAAGAUUUCCUGAACGGCGUUUGUACAAACAUCAUCCACGUCAACAAGAAACGUCUCAAGUAUUACACGGGAAAUUACGACGCGUUUGUUCGCACGCGAAUGGAAUUGUUAGAAAAUCAAAUGAAACAAUAUAAUUGGGAACAGGACCAGAUUAAUCACAUGAAAAAUUACAUCGCCAGAUUCGGUCACGGUUCGGCAAAAUUGGCCCGACAAGCUCAGUCCAAAGAAAAAACUCUAGCAAAAAUGGUUGCGGCUGGCCUAACCGAAAAAGUAGUAAACGAUAAAAUCGUCACUUUCUACUUCCCUAGUUGCGGAAAAAUACCACCGCCAGUGAUUAUGGUGCAGAACGUCAGUUUUCGGUAUACUGAUAAAGGACCUUGGAUUUAUAGGAAUCUGGAAUUUGGUAUCGAUCUAGACACGAGGUUAGCCUUAGUGGGUCCUAACGGCGCAGGGAAAAGUACUCUGUUGAAGCUUCUCUACGGAGAUUUGGUACCUACUGAGGGCAUGAUCAGGAAGAACUCUCAUUUGAGAAUCGCCAGGUAUCACCAGCAUCUGCACGAGCUUCUGGAUUUGGAUUUGUCACCUUUGGAGUACAUGAUGAAGUCUUUCCCUGAAGUCAAAGAAAAAGAAGAAAUGAGAAAAAUUAUUGGAAGGUAUGGUUUAACAGGACGUCAACAAGUGUGUCCGAUUCGGCAGUUGUCAGAUGGGCAGAGGUGUAGGGUCGUUUUUGCUUGGCUGGCAUGGCAAGCUCCUCAUUUGCUGCUGUUUGAUGAACCUACUAAUCAUUUGGAUAUGGAAACGAUCGACGCGUUAGCAGAAGCUAUUAACGAUUUUGAAGGAGGUAUGGUACUAGUCAGUCACGAUUUCAGACUGAUCAGUCAGGUCGCUAAUGAAAUUUGGGUGUGCGAAAAAGAAGCCGUUACAAAAUGGAACGGUACUAUUCUUGAAUACAAGGAGCACUUGAAGACUAGGAUCCUGAGGGAUAACGCGAAGCGGAAAUAACUUGUCAAGCGAAUUCUAAAAGGUUUUUGAUAGUAAAUUAUUUUUCUGAUAGAAACACGAGUUCUUUCGACUUGUACAGUUUUUAGAUGAAAUUAAUUUAUUGUUUAAAGAUUAUCAACUGUUGAUUUACUUUGCGUUUUGCAUGUACUAACAUCAGAAUGGGUACACUCACUACUUUUGACGUAUUUAAAGAGCAAUUAAAACAGUUUAAAUUUAA